AUGGUGGUUUUUAGAUCCGCCUCGGUGCUGGCUGGGGGCGGCCUCAGGACCCUGGCCGCCCUGCUGCUCUGGACCUCGGUUAGCACGAGCCUCAAACAGGCUAGGAAGCUGGUAGGAGGCUCCCUCCCCGCUGACCCUUUCUGCCUCUCUCUCUCAUCCUCAGCCACCCUGGAUGCUGCCAAAAUGCCUGCAACCCCAGCCUGUGGGAAGCCCCAGAAGCUGAACCGCAUCGUGGGGGGCGAGGACAGUGCUGACGCAGAGUGGCCAUGGAUUGUAAGCAUCCAGAAGAACCAGACCCACCACUGUGCAGGUUCCCUGCUCACCCACCGCUGGGUGGUCACGGCUGCCCACUGCUUCAAGGGCCAGCUGGACAGGCUGUCCGAGUUCUCUGUGUUGCUGGGGCUCUGGCAACUGGGCACCCCAGGCCUGCGGUCCCAGAACGUAGGGAUUGCCUGGGUGCUGCCCCACCCCGUGUACUCCUGGAAAGAGGGUGCCCGAGCUGACAUCGCCCUGGUGCGCCUCGAACACCCCAUCCUGUUCUCUGAGCGGAUCCUGCCCAUCUGCCUUCCUGAUUACUCUGUCCAGCUCCCUCCCAACACUGACUGCUGGAUUGCAGGCUGGGGAAGCAUCCAUGAUGGAAUGCCCCUGCCCUAUCCUCAGACCCUGCAGAAGCUGAAGGUUCCCAUCAUCGACUCGGAGAUCUGCAACCGUCUAUACUGGCGGGGAGCUGGCCAGGAAGCCAUCACUGCAGACAUGCUGUGUGCUGGUUACCUGGAAGGAGAGCGAGAUGCCUGCCUGGGUGAUUCCGGGGGCCCUUUGAUGUGUCAAGUGGAUGGGACCUGGCUGUUGGCCGGUAUUAUCAGUUGGGGAGAAGGCUGUGCUGAGCGAAACCGCCCAGGAGUCUACAUCAGUCUGACCGCCCACCGCUCCUGGAUCCAGAGAAUUGUGCAAGGCGUGCAGCUCCGGGGACACUCACAAGAGGGUGGGGUCUAGAGAGCGCCGCAGAGGGGUUCCUAA